AUGUCGGUCAACCCUGUCCUGGCCCUCGUCAGCCGUGCUGACACGUUGGCGACAGGCUUCCAGCAAGCGUACGAACGGACGCUCCCGGCGAUUCACUCGCUGGAGACGCUGCCUUCCGAUGAUCCUCGCACAGAAGCGUGUAUGCAGAUGCUUCGACACGGCUUAGACGGUAUGGAAGAGCAGACGCAGGCCAUGAUGAAUAUGCUGUACGAAGUCGAUGUGUACAUGGCCCCCUCCACGGUUCAGAACGCAGCUGGAUUCAAUCCACAAGAAGCGCUCGCCCAUGUCUCGGAUUUGUUUCACAGUUACCAAUCUGAACUUCUAGCCAAGCGCGAAUCAUUGGCCGACUUUACCUGCGAAGAUAUCUCGCUGGAGGAAUUCGCACAGCAGUGGCGUACGCUCGACGCCGUGCAGCAAGGGCGGCAACAAGGCAUGGAUGAGUUGGCAGAUUUGUUGGCACAGUUUGGGUAG